UUUUCUCGCCAAAAGUCGUAUUUUUGCAAACUUCCCAAAUUCGAACCGUGCCUUUGCCCCGGCGAAAAUGGAGAUCUUACCGGAGAAAGCAGCUGAUACCGGAGGACGGCGACGGCGCGUAGGGCUGAUAUACGACGAGAGAAUGUGCAAGCACUUCUGUCUCGAGGACGAAACCCACCCCGAGAUGCCCGAUCGGAUCCUCACCAUCUGGGAGAAGCUCCAAUCCGCCCUCAUCCACCAAAGAUGUGUGGUAUUGAGUGCCAAGGAAGCAGAAGAUGAAUAUAUAGCUGCAGUUCACACAAGAAAACACAUUGAUUUAAUAAAAAAUAUAAGCUCCAGAAAGUUUGAAUCAAGACGAAAGAAAGUUGCAGCAAAAUUUAAUUCUAUAUAUUUCAAUGAGGGCUCCUCAGAAGCUGCAUAUCUUGCUGCUGGUUCCCUGUUAGAGGUCACUGAGAAAGUUGCCAAAGGAGAACUUGAUUCAGCUUUUGCAAUUGUCAGGCCCCCGGGACAUCAUGCAGAAGUAGAUAAACCAAUGGGGUUUUGUCUAUACAACAAUGUUGCUAUUGCAACAAAGUUCCUCUUGGAUAAACAUGAGUUGGGUAUUAACAAAAUAUUGAUAGUUGAUUGGGAUGUUCAUCAUGGAAAUGGCACUCAAAAAAUGUUUUGGAAGGAUCCAGGAGUCUUGUUCUUUUCAGUGCACAGGCAUGAAUUUGGGACUUUUUAUCCUGCUAGUGAUGACGGUUCUCAUAUUAUGAUUGGUGAAGGACCAGGUGCAGGAUACAACAUCAAUGUUCCCUGGGAGAAUGGAUGGUGUGGGGAUGCUGAUUAUUUAGCCGUGUGGGACCAUGUACUAAUCCCUGUUGCAAAGGAAUUUUGUCCAGAUAUAGUUAUUAUCUCUGCUGGAUUUGAUGCAGCUGUUAAUGAUCCUCUUGGGGGCUGUCGAGUUACACCAUAUGGUUAUUCAGUUAUGUUAAAAAAGUUGAUGGAGUUUGCUCAGGGUAAGAUUGUGAUGACAUUAGAAGGAGGAUAUAAUCUUGAUUCUCUAGCAAAUUCAGUUCUAGCAUGUGUGGAAGUAUUAUUAGAGGACGAUCCCAUUAUUGGAUCUUCGGAGGCUUAUCCAUUUGAGUCCACAUGGCGUGUAAUACAAGCAGUUCGUGAAGAGCUGAGUAUGUUUUGGCCAAUUCUAAAGGAUGAAUUACCGAAGGAAUUAAUCAGUAGGAGUAAAGAACUUCCAAUCCAGAUCUUAAUCUCAGAUUCUGAUGUUGAGAAUGAUAAUGGGGUACCUGUUGUAUUAGAAGAUCUUGGGAACACUGUUGAGGAUGUUUUACAACCCUUUUCUGGUCUGAGAAUUGGCGGAGUUAGCAGUGAUGAAGUAAAUACCAUCUGGAGAUCGGCACUGUCAAAGACAUAUGUUUGGUAUGCUACUUAUGGAUCAAAUAUGUGGGAAUCAAGAUUCCUCUGCUACAUUGAAGGUGGACAGGUGGAAGGCAUGAGAAGGCCAUGUACUGGUUCACUAGAUAAAAGUGUGCCAAAAGAGAUUUUGUGGAAGGUUGUCCCUCAUCGUUUAUUUUUUGGCCGUGAUCAAACAAAAACAUGGGGUCCUGGAGGUGCUGCUUUUCUCAGUCCUGAAAGCAACUGUCAGCAUAAAGCUUACAUGUGCCUGUACAGAAUCACGCUUGAGCAGUUCAAUGAUGUUUUGCUUCAGGAAAAUGUUUCAGGCUGCGAUAUGAGUUCUCCUGUGUUUGAUUUGACUGAUUUAGAGUUCAUCAAGGAAAAAAAUUGCAUUUCUUUGGAGAUCUUAAAGAAUGGUUGGUACCAUAAUGUCGUGUACAUGGGGAACGAAAAUGGCAUCCCAAUACUGACAAUGACGUGUACCCUAUCUGAUGUCGAAAACUUCAAGUCUGGGAAGUUUCCUGUGUGUGCCCCUGCCAAAGAAUAUGCGAAUGCCUUGGUCAGAGGCCUGGUAGGAGGAAAACAGCUCUCGGAGGAGGCGGCCAUGGCUUACAUACAGGAAGCUGCUACAAAACCAUUAUGAUUGUGAUUCUUGUGUAAAUUGGUAGGAGGAAAAUUGCUCUCAUUGAUUAUGGCCUCUGCUGCUUCAGCCAUUAUAUAUUUAUAUAUGCUUGUUCUAGUAACUUACAUUGUUGUAUAUGACCAGUAAGCUUCAUUGUAUAUGAUCUGUGCUUGUGGGCUAGGAGAAUAUCUUUCUCAUCUUUAGCUACUAAUGCAGUUGUAGAUAUUGGUGGAUUCUAGAUAUAUUUUGACGACUACUCUGUGGUACUGGUACAGAUUUGGGCUUGAAAAUUGAAGUUUAAGUUGAUACCA